AUGAAUGAGGUGACAAGCCCAACUACAAUGGGUAUUGUCAUGAUUGGAGGAAUUGACUUUCAUCGUAUACACGUAGGCAGAAAGAGGACUGUCAGGUUCACAUUGGUAAACUGUGACUCAAAGUCGAUACUCAUAACAAACUUGGUUCUCCAACACACAAAGAGCCUUAACAACUCUACCAACUCAUCGUUGUCCUCCUCUUCUACCUCCUCUUCAACAAACCUUUAUCUUCACAAAAGUCUUUCAAAUGACUCCGAUCAACAACAGCUACAACAACAGAAAUUUUUAAUCAAUAGCACACAGACAGCAGCUAUUGUACAACCAGACUCUCAUCAACCCUUUACUAUUCCAUCAAACAUAGAGUUUCCAAUUGUAAUACUACCAUGGCAGGAGUUUGAGAGCCAUAUAUCAUUCUCACCAUCAUCAAGUGGUUGGUUCACGGCCUUGCUAUCGAUUCACUCCAUUGAAGGUUCAAUGCCCAAAAUACAACAGAUAUCAUUGCAUGGUGAGGGUGAGCAACCCUCCACUCCAACUCAGAUAAUCUACAAGGACAACCAAUCACCACUUAUCAUUGAGACACCAAAGAAGUACAUGGAGUCUACACCAAGCAACUCCAACUCAAGUUCACUCUAUGAUCAUAUGACAUCACAACAAGGCUCAACGAUAAGAUACCCAAUAUUCUUUGAUGAGGAUUGUCCACAAUCCAUUGGUUCUGGCUCACACAACAUUUCCUCACUUCUCGAUAGUUCAACACAUACAAGCUCUCAACACAAAAAGUCCGUCCAAUCAACUCUUCCCAACACAUUGUCCAGAACAUCAUCUACUACAACACCUUCAAGAUCAAAAGAGAAAAGGAAAGUCAGAUGGAAUCCAUUAGUGUCUGAAAUGGCUACAGAAGGUACAAACCAACUAUCUUCCUCUAGAACAGAGCUACCAUCAAGCAACUCUGCAACAUCAAAGACUUUCACUCCUGAAUCAUCACACUACCAGCAUCAACAAACGUUCAGACCAGCUCCACCACGUAAUAAUAACAAACAUCCAACACAACAACAACAACAACCAAGAUCACAAUCAUUUGGUCGGGACCAUACCCUACUUGAGAACAGGUUUGAGUACCUAGAGAAGAAGCUGAUGGAUAUUUCAAAGUUGGUCAAUAGUACUACCAACCACCGCAAUAUUAUUAAGUCCGACCAAAAUGGAAAGAAUACUACAUCAUCAACGCCAGUUUCCACACCAAAUGGCAACCGACAGGAACCAAAUGAAGUUCCCCAGACUGCUAGCACGAGCACAAGCCAACAAGACACAAGCCAUAUCCAUAUGACUGAUGACGAUUGGAAACUUUAUAAUGAAUUGGAAACAACAAAGAGCAAGGUAGCGACACCAGCAGCGUGGAAGAACUUUCUUAGACCAUCCCUUGAGCGAUCAAUCGACCAUUCACUCUAUAAGUAUGAACCAUCAACACCCUUUAUCUCUCGGUCAAAU